AUGAAACAGAUAGCACUUGAAAAAAUUAACAGUGUCCCCAUGGACGCUGUUCAGUUGUAUACAGAUGGCAGUAGACUUGAUGGUGACAGAUCUGGCAGUGUCAUCUAUAUUAAACUUCGGGAUCAGGAAAUAAAAAUCAAGAGAAGAAAUCCGGACUUCUGCUCAGUAUUCCGAAGCGAACUUAUUGCAAUUCUUGAGGGUCUGGACUCUAUUAUGUCGCUUUCGCGGUUUAUUGAUAUCUGGAUCUUUUCGGAUAGUAAAAGUGCUAUCCAGCACCUGAUCGAUUGGCAUAAUGUCAGGGACAGUAUUGGUGCUGACAUUCUCAGGAAACUAAAACAUCUUUCCCUUUCUCAUCGGAUCCACUUUCAGUGGAUUCCGUCGCAUGUCGAUAUAGCUGGAAAUAAGAUUGCUGACGGUUUGGCCAGAGCAGAAGAGGCCAUUACGACUGUCGCUCCUCUCACUUACUUGGAGCAUUUUUCUAAAUGUAAAGCAAAGAAUAUGGUCAUUUGGACUGUUCCGCCGGUAUUCUAA